ACAAAGUCCAGUCAAGUCACAUCAGGCUAUUACACUAAUCUCUUCUGGUCGUGUCUACUUAAUUCAGUAGCACAGACUUUUAAGAAGAAGACAAAGAAAACACACUUACUGAUGGCCUGAGGAGCCUAACACAAACUUUUUUCAUUCGUUUCAGUAUAAAUUUUUAUUCACUCACACUAUUUGCACUGAAUUACUGCUGCACCAAUGGAAUACACCAGGGAAAUACAUGCAUUUGGGAGGAAUAUUAUGUAUUUAAAGAUUGUGGGAUUUCUCUGAUCAUUAGAGAAACUCAUCAGGAGAGACCAUGGGAUGUGGUGUCACUAAAAACAGUGAAUUUAAUAGAAGAUAUGACAAAGAUGGAAAUGUCAUCUCAGCAGCCAGAACAAUAAAAGCUGCAGUGCUGAUCCAGCGCUGGCACAAACAGUAUGUGGCUCGCAUGGAAAUGAGACGAAGAUACACUUGGAACAUCUUCCAGUCCAUGGAGUAUGCAGACCUACAAGACCAGAUCAAAUUAUACAAUUUUCUUGGUUACCUGGUGGAUAACUUUACUCCUUCAAGCAGUGAACGAAACCUUAUCUCACAUAUCUUCCGAGAAAACGAAGUUUGCAGAGAUGCAGAGUGGGAGAGAUACUUCAACUACACCAAUAUUGAUGUGCCAGACAUUUACUCUGGCCCACGGCUGACCUUUCCUUUAGAUAUGGACCAGGCUGCUGAUCUUGUAGAAGCCUUCAAAAACAAACAACAGCAGCUUCACUCUCGUUACGUUCUUCAGCUUCUUCUAGAAACGUGGAAGUUACUCAGAGUGUUGCCAAAUAUUAACCGAGUGUCUACAUGCCAUAGCAAAGAGAUAACCAUUUGUGGUGAUUUACAUGGACAGUUAGAGGACUUACUGCUAAUAUUUUACAAGAAUGGAAUGCCAUCAAUGGAAAAACCCUAUGUUUUCAAUGGAGACUAUGUGGACCGAGGGAAAGACUCCAUGGAGGUUCUGCUGAUAUUAUUUGCAUUUCUGCUUGUGUAUCCUGGUGAUGUUUAUCUUAAUAGAGGAAACCAUGAAGACCAUAUUAUUAAUCUGAGGUAUGGCUUCACCAAAGAAGUGCUGGGGAAAUACAAGCUGCAUGGAAAGCGUAUUCUGAAGCUGCUGCAGAAGAUCUUCAGCUGGCUGCCUUUAGUGACAGUGAUCGAUCAGCGGGUGCUUAUAGUCCAUGGAGGAAUCUCAGACAGCACAAACCUUGCUCUCAUAGCUCGAGUUGACCGACAUAGAUACGUGUCUGCACUGAGGCCUCCUAGGAAGACAACUCCAUCAUGCAGUAAUUUUUAUGCAGAUUCAGAGCAUUUUGGCAAGGUGGUAAUCUGUCAAAACAGAAGGGGCUCUCUGACAUUUCCCUCACAGUUUGGGGCUCGGGAUAGUUUCCAGAGGCGCUCUCUUCAAGACUUCUCCAGAACUGUUGCUCGGACGGUUGAGGAGGAGCUCGAGGUUCGCCGUAGACAGGCAGAGUUCAGCCUGUCCAGCUUCAGCAAGUCUCAGCACAUCCUGAGAUCUACCCAGUCCACUGAAUCUGAACCGGAGUCAUCUGAAUUCACCGACACCAGCAAUGACGAGUGGAAGCAGAUUUUGGACCUACUGUGGAGUGACCCCAUGUCUCAGGACGGUUGUGUACCAAACGAGGUGCGAGGUGGAGGCUGUUACUGGGGUCCUAAUAUCACCGAAGACUUUCUAAACAGACACAAUCUGCAGCUCAUUAUCCGCUCCCACGAGUGCAAACAAGAUGGAUAUGAGUUUUGCCACAAUCGCAAGGUUGUGACACUUUUUUCAGCCUCAAACUAUUAUGAGAUUGGAAGUAACAGAGGAGCCUUUGUCCGGCUUGGUCCAGAUCUCAUGCCUUAUUUUAUUCAAUAUCAGGCCACGAGUAUGACCCGAGGACUGAGCUUUCCACAAAAUGUAAAACGCACAGAGCACACAGCUCUCAAAGUCCUACGUGAGAAGCUGUUUGCACACAAGUCAGAUCUCCUCAGUGCCUUUCAAGAACUCGAUAAGGAGAACACAGGACUGAUCAGUUUGAGUGACUGGGCCAGAGCAGUUGAGCGUGUUCUUCACCUGGAUCUGCCCUGGAGGAUCCUCCAUCCUCAGCUAGUGUCGUCCACCACCAACGGUAUGCUGAAUUACCAUGGCUGGUUUUGUGAUCUUGCGCUAAAAAAGCCCAACUCAGAGGUUAUUGAGCAGUCAAUGUUGGAGACACUGUAUAGACAUCGAUCCACACUGGAGACCAUUUUUAGAAUAGUAGACACAGAUAAUUCAGGUCUCAUCUCUUUUGAGGAUUUUCGUCAGACAUUGAAACUGCUCAGUGCCUAUCUGAAAAUGGAGAUCUCUGAUGAGGUCAUUAAUGAGCUGGUUGUCAGUAUGGACACAAAUAAUGAUGGUAGCAUUGACAUCGAUGAAUUCAUGGAGGCUUUUCGGCUAGUGGAUAAAAGCAGACUUGAGAGGGGUAAAAGUCUACUGCAGUUAAGGCAGGACAUUCAAAGACUUCCCCGAGAGGAAGAAAGCUCUCAGACCGCUGACUCAUGUCAACAGACUUCACAUAUUCCUGCAGAUUCUACAUGCUCACAGACCUUACAUUCUCCAGCUUCACAGACUGCAGAUUGUCAAUCUUCACAGACCGAUGAUCUCUGCCACAUUUCCGUUGAUGUUCCACCAUAAUAAUGGUUAACUGUUGUUCAUCAUUGCAUGUUUUUUUGUGUUCAUUCAGUGAAUGCUAAACAUAUACUGUUUCAACAACUUUGCUGUUUAGUUGUAACUAGCAAGCAACUACCUCAAUAGACAGUAAGAAAAUGCUGUGUAGGUCUUAUCAAUAGUCAAAUUUGUGUUUUAAAUCCUAAUACAUUCUUUGUAUCUUAUGACAGUACUUCAGUAUCUUGAUUUGUUGAUGUGAUGAACCCCAACUUAAUUUCCUCAAAAUUCACCAUAAUAACAGAAAACCCAACUUUGUUUGCAUGGACAGGAUUUGAAAAUUAUGAUAUCUGGACAGUUUUUUUUAUUUAUUUAUUUAUUUAUUUAUUUAUUUAUUUAUUUAUUUAUUUAUUUAUUUAUUUAUUUAUUUUUGCUAUUUUAAUGUAUAUAAAUAUCAAUAGUUUUGUUUCAUGCUGCAAUACCUUAAUAUUUUUGGUGUAACAAUUGUCGUUAAGAUUUGCUGUGUGAAUGAAAAAUGGCAACUUAUGCUGUACAUUUGCACAAAUGUUUAAUGAAUGUUUAUAAAUUCUAAGAUUCCUU